UUCACUUCAAUCACCAAUAUGUCACACCUGUGUGCUCUUUAUCCUGUACUCAUAAACAUUUCCAUGUUUUUGCUUUUAGGGAUAAAUACGAGGGCUUAGUUGAUGUUCGGCCGGCAAGGUAGAGACGUGUUUUCUGCUUUCUCUGUGAUGCAUAUUAUUUACAUUUUUUUCUUUCUGCAUUGUUAGGAAGGGCCCGUAAGUAAGCAUUUCACUGUUAGUUUACACCUGUUGUUAACAAAGUAUGUGACAAAUACAAUUUCAUUCGAUAUUGUGAGAGACAGGUGGGUUUAGCCUGGUCACUCCUUUAGCAACCUAAAAUGACCAUGAUGAAUAAAAAACAAACAGUAACAGCAUUAGCAUAUUUACCAUUACACCAUCGUUCAUAUUUAAGACAAAUCAUGUUUUCCGAUCUCAAGGACCAUUUUAGAUUUAAAUUUAGCUACACGUAACCCAAAACAGGUUACAGCAUUGAAAACAUUCACCUUUUACUUCAUUCCCUUAUCUUCUAGUUUGACCAUAAGCUGUUCACGUCUCAAUUGUUUCCCAUCUAGCACCAUUCAGAUUAGCCUAAUAGCCCAGAAAGGUUUCCACUGAUCAUAUUAAGGGUAGUUACCUCCAAUCUAGAGAACAAUUUUAAACAUCCUAUUAUUUUACUCAGUGAGGAAAAACAGGCUUAAAAGUUUUGAAUUUAUUAGAAAGCUUGCUUAUCGGAAGUAUGUGUAUAUUAUUGCCCUAAUGUAGUGGAACUAAGGUGUUAUUCCUGUUGAUAUGCCGGUGUUGCCACAAAUCACCUCUGAGAAACUGUAUAAAAGGACCAAUGUCUUGUAGCAAUUCACAAAAAGCCUGCAUCUCUCACUGAAGAAUAUCCAUUCACAAGGUAAGAUAGUUUUCAAAAUAUACCCUUCCAGUAUUCUGUUGUUCCAACUAUACAUUUCUACUUAAUACAUGCAAUCUUGUGUCUAGCUUACUGUAUGUGUAAUACAUUUACAGAAAUAUAACAGUUAUUUAGAAAUAUAAAGGCAUCCCUAUAUUGUAAGUGUAAGACAUUCUCCACAAUUGCAGUUUUUUUUCUCUUCCUGACUUUCUCUGACUCUCGCUUCUCUCCUCGUUUAGUUUUGUCACCAUGAAGGUAGCUUUGUUUUCACUGGUGCUUCUCUGCCUGGCUGGGAUGCUGCAUGCUGAAGUCCUGUCCCAGUCUGACGAGAACAGUCUCACAGAAAAUGGACAGGGUUUGGGGAGAAGAUAUGCAGAGUCAACCAUCGCCAGUGACAUGAGCAAAAUCAUGGACUCCAUGGUGCAGAAGAAUUUUGUCAACUUCCUGCUCAACCAGAGAGAGAAAAAGAGCAUGUCUAAUGUCACUCCAGAGGAAGAUCCAGAGGCUCGGCUGUACAACAAUCUCCUGAAAAUGCUUGCACUGUGCAUUCGCAGCAAGGGACAGAUCCAUUGAUGUUUUGAAGAAUAUCAACAAAUGAUCAACAUAGGUGGGAGAGUAAUGCAAAGAAGUCAACCAAAACAUUAUGACAAUUUGGAGGAAAAUGUAUGCUUUCUAUUUUUGUGUACACAAUAUAUAUUGUAAAGUUAGAAAUAUGAAUCCAGCAUGUCUGAAGUUUUUCAUAAAUAUUU